UGAAGAAGAAAAUCUCAAUUGGACAUCUGUGAGCCCAGAAAAAGCACAAUUGCUAAUAAAAAGAAACGUACAAAGCGCAAUACGAUGGAGAAAAACAACUCCAGCGUUAUUGCAGCUACGGCAACAACAUCAUCUUCGCUCAGUACAGCAGCAACAAAAAGUGGCACAAAGCCGGCGAGCAUAAAGAAAGUGAAAUUCUCGAACGAGAGUUUGAAGACCGAGGUGGAUGGUCUCUGUGAGCAGUUGAAGGAUAACUCGCUCGACUAUAAUAUUAACAACAAUAACAAUAAUAUUGAUAAGCAGCACAACAACAAAAUGAGCGAAGCGCAAACAACAGCGAAUACAGCCGAAACAGCUGAUGCCACGCCCACAGAUGCUGAUCGCCCCAGUUUUCUGGUGGGUGACGAAAUCGAUGAGAAGGCCGCCAUUGAGGCAGGCGAAGCCGGCGAUGAGUUUCCGCAGAAAAUGCAAAGCGAUAUCCGUCAAAAUGGCGACAUCUCGGAGCGACGCAAACGUCUUAGGCCCAGCAUGUCGCGUGGCACUGGCCUUGGACAGGAUCGCAAUCAGGAUCGCGAUUUUCACAUUGCCACCACGGAGGAGUUUGUGAAACGCUUUGGCGGCACACGCGUCAUCAAUCGCGUGCUGAUUGCCAACAAUGGCAUUGCGGCAGUCAAGUGCAUGCGCUCCAUACGCCGCUGGUCCUAUGAAAUGUUCAAGAACGAGCGUGCGGUGCGUUUUGUCGUCAUGGUCACGCCCGAGGAUCUGAAGGCCAAUGCGGAGUACAUCAAAAUGGCGGAUCAUUAUGUGCCCGUGCCCGGUGGCUCCAACAACAACAACUACGCCAAUGUUGAGCUCAUUGUGGAUAUUGCACUUCGCACUCAAGUGCAGGCCGUGUGGGCUGGCUGGGGUCAUGCCUCGGAGAAUCCCAAGUUGCCGGAGCUGUUGCAUAAGGAGGGACUUGUGUUCUUGGGUCCACCCGAGCGCGCCAUGUGGGCACUGGGUGACAAGGUGGCCAGCUCCAUUGUGGCCCAGACAGCGGAAAUACCAACGCUGCCCUGGUCCGGCUCCGAUCUGAAGGCGCAAUAUAGCGGCAAGAAGAUCAAAAUCUCCAGUGAGCUCUUUGCACGCGGCUGUGUCAACAAUGUGGAGCAGGGCUUGGCCGCCGUAGCCAAGAUUGGUUUUCCGGUCAUGAUCAAGGCGUCGGAGGGCGGCGGCGGCAAGGGCAUACGUCGCGUGGACACUCCGGAGGAGUUCCCAGCGCUGUUUCGUCAGGUGCAGGCGGAGGUGCCCGGUUCGCCCAUAUUCGUCAUGAAGCUGGCAAGUGGUGCUCGCCACUUGGAGGUGCAACUGCUGGCGGAUCAGUAUGGCAAUGCCAUAAGCUUGUUCGGACGUGAUUGCUCCAUACAGCGCAGACAUCAAAAGAUCAUUGAGGAGGCGCCUGCCAUUGUGGCACACCCAGAGGUGUUCGAGGAUAUGGAGAAGGCGGCAGUGCGUCUGGCCAAGAUGGUGGGCUAUGUCAGCGCCGGCACUGUGGAGUAUCUGUACGAUCAGGAGGGGCGCUACUUCUUCUUGGAGCUGAAUCCGCGUCUGCAGGUGGAGCAUCCCUGCACGGAAAUGGUUGCCGAUGUCAAUCUGCCCGCCUGUCAGCUGCAAAUCGGAAUGGGCAUACCGCUUUAUCGCCUGAAGGAUAUACGUUUGCUAUAUGGCGAGUCGCCUUGGGGCUCAUCCAUCAUAGACUUUGAGACGCCAGCGAAUAAGCCACGCCCCUCUGGCCAUGUCAUUGCCGCACGCAUUACUUCCGAGAAUCCGGACGAGGGCUUCAAGCCCAGCUCCGGCACCGUGCAGGAGCUGAACUUCCGCUCGAGUAAAAAUGUCUGGGGCUACUUCAGUGUGGCUGCUUCUGGCGGCCUGCAUGAGUUUGCCGACUCGCAGUUCGGACAUUGCUUCUCCUGGGGCGAGAAUCGUCAGCAGGCACGCGAGAAUCUGGUCAUAGCGCUCAAGGAGUUGUCCAUACGUGGGGACUUCCGCACCACGGUGGAGUAUCUGAUAACGCUGCUGGAGACGAAUCGUUUCCUGGACAACAGCAUAGACACUGCCUGGCUGGAUGCGCUCAUAGCCGAGCGCGUGCAGUCCGAGAAGCCGGAUAUACUGCUGGGCGUCAUGUGCGGCUCGCUGCACAUAGCGGAUCGGCAAAUAACCGAAGCAUUCUCCAGCUUCCAAACGUCGCUGGAAAAGGGACAAAUCCAAGCGGCCAAUACGCUGAGCAAUGUGGUGGAUGUGGAGUUGAUAAACGGUGGCAUUAGGUACAAGGUGCAGGCAGCCAAGUCGGGACACAACUCGUACUUUCUGCUGAUGAAUAAUUCCUUUAAAGAAAUCGAGGUGCACCGCUUGUCCGAUGGCGGUUUGCUCAUAUCGCUGGAGGGCGCUUCGUAUACAACUUAUAUGAAGGAGGAGGUGGAUCGCUAUCGCAUUGUCAUUGGCAAUCAGACGUGUGUGUUUGAAAAGGAGAAUGAUCCUUCACUGCUGCGCAGUCCGUCCGCGGGCAAGCUGAUCAACAUGCUGGUUGAGGACGGCGCGCAUGUGAACAAGGGACAAGCGUUUGCUGAAAUUGAAGUGAUGAAAAUGGUGAUGACACUCACAUCCCAAGAGGCGGGCACUGUAACCUUUGUACGACGUCCAGGCGCUGUGCUGGAUCCAGGCACGCUGCUGGGCCACUUGGAGCUCGAUGAUCCCUCGCUAGUAACCAAAGCGCAGCCAUGCAAAAGUCAAUUCGCGCAGCCAGAGAAUGCGCCGGUGCCGGAGAAACUUAAUCGCGUGCACAACACGUACAAGAGCAUACUGGAGAACACGCUGUCGGGCUACUGUCUGCCCGAGCCGUACAAUGCGCAGCGACUGCGCGACAUCAUUGAGAAGUUCAUGCAGAGUCUGCGCGAUCCUUCGCUGCCGCUGCUGGAACUGCAGGAAGUCAUUGCUUCUAUCUCAGGACGCAUACCCAUCUCCGUGGAGAAGAAAAUACGUAAGCUAAUGACGCUCUAUGAGCGCAACAUCACCAGCGUGCUGGCGCAGUUCCCCUCCCAGCAGAUUGCCAGCGUCAUCGAUAGCCACGCGGCCACGCUCCAAAAGCGUGCGGAUCGGGAUGUCUUCUUCCUGACCACGCAGAGCAUCGUGCAGCUGGUGCAGCGCUAUCGCAAUGGCAUACGUGGACGCAUGAAGGCGGCCGUGCAUGAGCUGCUCAGGCAGUACUAUGACGUGGAGUCGCAGUUCCAGCAUGGCCACUACGACAAGUGCGUGGGUUUGGUGCGUGAGCACAACAAGGAUGACAUGUUGACUGUGGUCAACACCAUUUUCUCGCACUCGCAGGUGGCCAAGAAGAACUUGCUGGUCACACUGCUCAUCGAUCAUCUGUGGGCCAACGAGCCAGGCCUCACCGAUGAGCUGGCCAACACCUUGAGCGAACUCACUUCGCUUAAUCGCGCAGAACAUUCGCGCGUGGCGCUGCGUUCGCGUCAAGUGCUGAUUGCUGCUCAUCAGCCCGCCUAUGAGCUGCGUCACAAUCAAAUGGAGUCCAUCUUCCUGUCGGCCGUUGAUAUGUAUGGCCACGAUUUUCAUCCAGAGAAUCUGCAGCGUUUGAUUCUAUCCGAGACUUCCAUCUUCGAUAUUCUGCACGAUUUCUUCUAUCACUCCAAUCGCGCCGUUUGCAAUGCCGCCUUGGAGGUUUAUGUGCGUCGCGCUUACACUUCCUAUGAGCUCACCUGUCUGCAGCACUUGGAGCUCUCUGGCGGUCUGCCCUUGGUGCACUUUCAGUUCCUGCUGCCCACGGCGCAUCCCAAUCGCUUGUUCUCGCGCAUGAGCUCGCCGGAGGGCUUGGUUACGGCCGCCGCCGAGUGCAUGGGACACUCGUUUGUGCGCACUGGCGCCAUCGCUGCCUUUGACUCGUUCGAGCAUUUCGAAAUGUACUCCGAUGAAAUUCUGGAUCUGCUGGAGGACUUUGUUUCGCCCGCUUUGGUGAGCGCCAAAGUGCUGGAGGCAGUGGAGGCAGCGGACUCCAUUUCGGACAGUCGCCACAGCACUUCCAUAAAUGUCUCGCUCUCUGAUCCCGUGACACGCGCCAAUGCAGCCGAGGAGGCCAAGUCCACGGAGCCCAUACACAUUGUUAGCGUUGCAGUGCGUGAGACUGGCGAGCUGGAUGACGUGCAAAUGUCGCAGAUCUUUGGCAGCUAUUGCCGCGAGCAUAACGAGGAGCUGUUCCAGCGGCGCAUACGACGCAUCACGUUCGCUGCGCUGAAGAAGCGUCAGUUCCCCAAGUUCUUUACGUAUCGCGCACGUGACAAGUUCGAGGAGGAUCGCAUUUAUCGCCACUUAGAGCCUGCAUCCGCUUUUCAUUUGGAGCUCAAUCGCAUGAAGACGUAUGAUCUGGAGGCGCUGCCUACUGCCAAUCAGAAGAUGCAUUUGUAUUUGGGCAAGGCGAAGGUGUCCAAGGGUCAGGAGGUUACCGACUAUCGCUUCUUCAUACGCUCCAUUAUACGUCACUCGGACUUGAUCACCAAAGAGGCUUCGUUUGAGUAUCUGCAAAAUGAGGGCGAGCGCGUGCUGCUGGAGGCCAUGGAUGAGCUGGAGGUCGCCUUCUCGCAUCCGCAUGCCAAGCGCACCGAUUGUAAUCACAUAUUCCUGAACUUUGUGCCCACGGUCAUUAUGGAUCCCGCCAAGAUAGAGGAGUCAGUCACCAAGAUGAUUAUGCGCUAUGGUCCACGCUUGUGGAAGUUGCGCGUGUUGCAGGCGGAGCUCAAGAUGGUUAUUCGCCAAUCGCCGCAGUCGCCCACGCAGGCCGUGCGUCUUUGCAUAGCAAACGAUUCCGGCUACUUCCUCGACAUUUCCAUGUACACGGAGCAGACCGAACCAGAAACGGGCAUUAUCAAAUUUAAGGCUUAUGGCGAUAAGCAGGGCUCGCUGCAUGGCCAUCCCAUCUCCACGCCCUACAUGACCAAGGACUUUUUGCAGCAAAAGCGCUUCCAGGCGCAGUCCAAUGGCACCACCUAUGUGUAUGAUGUGCCCGACAUGUUCCGCCAGAUGACCGAACGCCACUGGAAGGAAUUCUCCAAGGCGCGUCCCACUGUCGAUAUACGCAUACCCGAUAAAAUUUUACUGGAAUGCAAAGAGCUGGUGCUGGAAGGCGACACGCUGAUGGAGGUGCAGCGUCUACCGGGCGAGAAUAACUGCGGCAUGGUGGCCUGGCGUAUAACGCUGGCCACGCCGGAGUAUCCUGCUGGUCGUGAGAUCAUUGUCAUUGCCAAUGACUUGACCUACUUGAUAGGCUCGUUUGGCAUACAGGAAGAUGUGCUUUUUGCCAAGGCUUCACAGCUGGCGCGUGAACUCAAAGUGCCCAGAAUCUACAUCUCUGUCAACAGCGGAGCGCGCAUUGGUCUCGCCGAGGAGGUCAAGAGCAUGUUCCGCAUAGCAUGGGAGGAUGCUGAGGAGCCCGACAAGGGAUUCAAGUAUCUGUAUCUCAGCACGGAGGAUUAUGCCAAGGUGGCCAACUUGAACUCAGUGCGUGCCAUACUCAUUGAGGACGAGGGCGAGCAGCGCUACAAGAUUACCGAUAUCAUAGGCAAGGACGAUGGCCUGGGCGUGGAGAAUCUGCGAUAUGCCGGUCUCAUUGCUGGUGAAACAUCGCAGGCGUAUGAGGAGAUUGUUACCAUAGCCAUGGUCACGUGCCGCACCAUUGGCAUUGGCUCGUAUGUGGUUCGUCUGGGCCAGCGGGUCAUCCAGAUUGACAACUCGCAUAUUAUACUCACGGGCUAUGCGGCGCUCAAUAAGCUUUUGGGUCGCAAGGUUUACGCCUCGAACAAUCAGCUGGGUGGCGUGCAGAUUAUGUACAACAAUGGCGUUACGCACAAAACGGAGGCUAUCGAUCUGGAUGGUGUCUAUACCAUAUUGGAUUGGCUCUCAUACAUUCCCGCCUACAUUGGCUGCGAUUUGCCAAUUAUUCUGCCCAGCGAUCGCAUUGAUCGUCCCGUUGACUUUAUGCCCACCAAGUCGCCCUAUGAUCCGCGUUGCAUGCUUGCCGGUCGUGUGAAUCCUGCCAAUAGCAACGACUGGGAGAAUGGCUUCUUCGAUCGUGACUCUUGGAGUGAGAUUAUGGCGCCUUGGGCCAAGACUGUGGUAACUGGACGCGCACGCUUGGGUGGCGUGCCCGUGGGUGUCAUAGCCGUGGAAACACGCACAGUGGAAGUGGAAAUGCCCGCUGAUCCCGCCAAUUUGGAUUCAGAAGCCAAGACGCUGCAGCAGGCGGGUCAGGUGUGGUAUCCGGAUUCCUCUUACAAGACCGCACAAGCUAUUAAGGACUUUGGCCGCGAGGAGCUGCCGCUGAUAAUCUUUGCCAAUUGGCGUGGCUUCUCGGGCGGCAUGAAGGAUAUGUAUGAGCAAAUUGUUAAGUUUGGCGCAUAUAUUGUCGAUGGUCUGCGGGAAUAUAAAAAGCCUGUGCUGAUUUAUCUGCCGCCCAAUGCGGAGCUGCGAGGUGGCGCCUGGGCAGUGCUGGAUUCGCUCAUCAAUCCACGUUAUAUGGAAACCUAUGCGGAUCCAGAGGCACGCGGCGGUGUACUGGAGCCCGAGGGCAUUGUAGAGAUUAAGUACAAAGAGAAAGACCUCAUCAAGACCAUACACAGACUGGAUGCCACCACAAUAGCGUUGCAACGCGAGCACGACGAGGCUGUUGCUGCUGGCGACAAGGUCAAGAUUGCAGCGCUGGAUGAGAAGAUCAAGGCUCGCCUUGCUAUCUUGAUGCAUGUCUAUCAUACGGUUGCGGUGCACUUUGCGGAUCUGCAUGAUACGCCGGAGCGCAUGCUGGAGAAGGAAUGCAUUAGCGAGAUUGUGGCAUGGCGUGAUUCGCGUCGCUGGCUCUACUGGCGCCUGCGUCGUCUGCUGCUUGAGGAUGCCUAUAUCAAAAAGAUAUUGCGUGCGCAGGAUAAUCUAUCGGUGGGCCAGGCCAAGCAGAUGCUGCGCCGCUGGUUGGUGGAGGAUAAGGGCGCCACCGAAGCAUAUUUGUGGGACAAGAAUGAGGAGAUGGUUAAUUGGUAUCACGAGCAGCACAAUGUCGAGUCUAUUGUAUCCAGAAAUGUGAAUGCCGUGAGACGCGAUGCCAUUAUCUCCACAAUAUCAAAAAUGCUCGAGGACUGCCCUGAUGUGGCGCUGGACGCUGUGGUGGGUCUCUGCCAGGGCCUGACGCCCGUUAAUCGCGGCGUCGUGGUGCGCACACUUGCCCAAAUGCAGCUAAACGAGGAGACCUCAUCGAAUACACAAGCAUGACUCUACGCAAAGUUCUAAGUUUAAAUGGGUUUGGCUUAUUGAAUUUGGUGUAGAGCUCAGUAAGAGAAUUGUUUAGUCUGUGCUUUUGUUAAAACAUUUUUGUACAAAAAAUUUUACAAGCAAGCACAUUUUUUGCAUUUUAUUUAGUUGAAUUUUUUUUAAUUAUAAUUAGAAUGUUAAAUUAAAAAUAGUUGCUAUGUUGGGUUUUCUUUAUGGAGAGUCAACUUUUGGAUUUGAAGGCGUGGCGGCAUACUGUGUAUUUUUUGAAAAUUUUAAACUAAACUAUAUAUGCUAUAACUUCUGAAUUUGUAUUGUAUACAAAAAAAAACCUAAACUUUCCGUUAGCCUGUUAAGAUUAAAAAAACCAAGAGAUUUUUUUGUGAAUUCUAUGACUCCGAAUAUUGUGAAUAUACGAUGUACAUGUUUCAUAAAAAAAC